CAUGAUGGGAUGUUUUCGGGAUUUCUCAAAGUCAUGUAAUAAUGACACGAUCCUAGGUCUUGAUCAUUCGCCCUUGUUUCAGCUGAUAUGAUUAUCUAUUUUCUUUUAUUUUAUUCUCUGUUCUUUUUCCUUGAUCCUUCUUUUUUCCUUUCCGAUUUGUUGUUUUGGUUAUCUUCGAUGGUUGUCUGUUUUCCCUCCCAAAGCUGCAAUCGUCGCUUUCUCUCCUCUCCGACUCUUCCUUUGGUUCACGAUCUCUUUCGUCGGGCAAAGAUUCCCCUGACUUGCGCCCUGUCAUUACUACCAUUGUCGGCACGUUGAAAAGUUUUCUCACAUGUUUUGUUGCCCUUUGUUUUCCUAACUUCGAUGCG